UGAUCGAGUCAUAAUAAAAUGUCGAUGACAGCCGGCACCCCGUGGACGUCCCAACGUCUUCGUAAAAUUCAGAUUACUAAUUGAAUCAUCAAAAAAAUAACAAAGUGGAGGUCAGGACACAGUGCAGUGCCCGGAUAACCCUAUGAAGAUGGUGUCACUAGUCUGAAGCUAGUACGGAUUCGUUACGAUUUCCGAUCGCCCUCUGGCGAUCGAAUUUCUUGGAAUGGAACAACUUUUGGCGGGAUCCAGCAACAUCCUGGACGUGCCCAAACAGUCGAACAUCACCACAAGCCCAUUCGUACAUUGUCCCGCGUCCAGGAAAAUUCGUUGGACCAAGUGUUUGUUAUUCUGUGUUGUACGCCUCGAAUUUAUUCAUAUUUUCGAUAAUUCCUGGACGUUUGAAGAAGACUGGACAUCAGAAUUUUUUUCUUAUUGACAUAAGUACGACGUGGGUUAAUAUUGGUCCCAAAAAUGACAACCUCCUGCAAGAACUACAGCCGGCCCUUCACCGUGUGCAUCGAGGGGAACAUCGGAAGUGGAAAGACAACUUUUCUGAAUAAUUUCAAGCAGUUCAACAACACGGUUGUCCUGCAGGAGCCAGUGGAGCUCUGGAGGGACGUCGACGGAAUGAAUCUCCUGGAUUUGAUGUACAAAGAUCCGGGGAGAUACGCCUGUCUGUUUCAGUCCUACGUGCAAUUGACGAUGUUACAGCUCCACACAAUGAAGACACCUCUCCCUUACAAAAUAAUGGAGAGAUCGGUUUACAGCGCUCGUUGUUUCAUCGAAAACAUGAAGAGGAGAAAUGUUCUCAAACAGGUCGAGGCGACAGUUCUAGAUAAAUGGUAUGAUUGGUGUAUCACACAUGCUGUCAUUGAGACAGAUUUAAUAGUUUAUUUGAGAACAACUCCCGACAUCGUCUAUCGGAGAAUGCGUGCUCGUGCUCGAAAGGAAGAAAACCUCGUGUCUCUGGAGUACCUCGAGGAGGUUCACCAAAUUCACGAGGAGUGGCUGUACCACAAGACCCUCUUCUCACUUCCAGCGCCAGUCAUAAUUCUGGAUGCUGACCAGAGCAUGGAGGAGAUGUUUGUGCAAUUCGAAAAGUGCAAGGCGAAAAUAUUCGAGAGCUGUGGACAGUCUGAAAGAGACACAAGAUCCCUGAGAACACCUGUGAGUGCACCGAAAAUUGGAGCUGACUGACUAAAAACUCGUUUUAAUUUUAUCAUUCAUCGAUAAAGCUCGCAUGGGCUAUCAUCGAAUGUGAUCUAACACGAUAGCAUUUAAACGAAAGAUCAUGUUCGAUAGAUAUUCCUUGCGGGCCUUAACGAAGGAGAAUAUUUUAUUGAUGUACAUAAAAAAAUAACAAAGAGGUAACGAUGAAAUUCUUUUCGGUAGUCCAUUGUCGUUCUAUGCCAAAAAUUUAAAAAUCCCAUUCUAUUUUAUACUCUACCAUUAUCGAUUUAUAUGGCAAAUUAUUCAAUUCAAAAGAAAACUCUCAAGGACUCUUUCACGAAUAAAAAUUUCCAUUCUUCACCUCUUUUUUAUUAAAUUGUUUCUAAUUUCAAGGAGACAAGAAGAAAGAAUUGACUACUCAAUAUAUUGAUUGUGAAUCCUCAUUUAAAAAAUGAGAAAAUUGUAAUUUUUCCGAAUUUUUGAAUCAUUCACCUUUCACUCGUUCUUCGAGUAUUAAUUGAUUUCCAUUGUCUGAGUGAAAUGAUUAGAUUAAUUAUUAUGUUACGAGUUCAUAUCGACUGCAUUUGACGAGCAAUUUAUCCAUUAAGGCAUGAGUGCUAAUCAAAUUUCCAAAGUGAUGCCUUAAAAAUAAUUCGAUAAGUCUAGUUGAUAUUUAAUUAAUAAAAUAUUUUUGGAUGACGAAUGGUGUAGACAAGCUUAUAAAAAGACAUUUAUUCAAUAAAAAUGUAUCCAAAGAGCAA